AUGUCUUCCGUUCACUUUCGCAAAGAGUUUCGAAGCCAUAGCUUCGGUCCUGGGAAAAGAAUGAACUCCGGUAAUGGGUCUUUAGAGCCCGGCGAGCAAACCUCGCUUCUUGGUCGUCGGUCCCUGUCGGGCUUGUCUGGCCAUGAGCAUGAAGACCAUGGUAACCACCAUCAUCAUCCCAAGGACAAUCGUGCCUGGGUGCGCUGGCCGCUGCAUGUUGUGCGUCUGACCUGGUUGACCUUGGUCCGUGACUACGUCAAUGUUCUUCUCAUAUUUGUGCCGCUGGGUAUUAUCGCCGGAGCACUCCACUGGGACUCUACGGCUAUCUUCGUCCUCAAUUUCUUUGCUAUCAUUCCUCUCGCUUCCCUCCUGAGCUUUGCCACAGAGGAGCUGGCAGCGACCAUGGGCCAGGCCCUUGGUGGUCUGAUGAACGCUACCUUUGGUAACGCGGUCGAGCUUAUUGUCAGCAUCAUCGCGCUCAAGGAUAAACAGAUUCGGGUGGUGCAAGCUAGUAUGCUGGGAAGUAUUCUGUCCAACAUCCUGUUGGUCUUGGGAUGCUGCUUCUUCGUCGGUGGCCUCCGUUUCUCCGAGCAAUCCUUCAACAGCACUGUGGCUUCCACUAUGUCAUCUUUGAUGUCCGUCGCAUCCGCCUCGCUGAUCAUCCCGGCCACCCUGUAUGCCGCGCUGUCGCAAUCCUCGCAAAACGCCCAAGACAACAUUCUCAUUUUGUCGCACGGCACUGCGAUCAUUCUCCUCAUCAUCUAUGUGAUGUAUCUUUACUUCCAGCUGCGAUCCCACGCCCACCUGUUCGAAGAAGCCAAUGAAGCCGGCACCGAGACGAUUCCGGGCACAGAGGGAGAGGAGGAAGAGGAGCGUCUUCUGAGCCCUUGGGCUGCAACCGUUGCUCUGAUUGCCGUCACUAUUCUUGUCGCGAUCUGUGCAGACUACUUGGUUGGCAGCAUUGACAGCAUCGUGCAGAAGACUGGCAUUAGCAAGACGUUCAUUGGUCUGGUGCUGAUCCCGAUCGUCGGUAAUGCUGCAGAGCACGUCACCGCUGUUGUGGUUGCAUACAAGGAUAAGAUGGACCUUGCUAUUGGAGUUGCCAUUGGCAGCAGCUUGCAGAUCGCCCUCUUUGUCACGCCUUUCCUGGUCAUCCUCGGCUGGACCAUGGGCAUCGAGAUGACGCUCCACUUCCAGACCUUUGAGACUGUCGCUUUCUUUAUCUCUGGCCUGGUUGUCACUUUGCUGAUCCAGGACGGCAAGUCGAACUACCUCGAGGGUGUCAUGUGCUUGGGACUGUACUUGAUUCUCGCCCUUGCUUUUUACGUCUACCCUGAUGAUGCCUCCGAUGCCCCAGGCAUCCUGGCUAACCUUCUCAAAUAA